AUGACGCGAUGCACUACACCCCAGCUGAUCGAGCUGGCAGUGCCGGCCUUGUUCCUCUACCUGAUGGGGUUGAUCAAGGGUGAUUCGGAGCCAACAAGAUACGAAGGGGAUAUUCCUUUCGCCGAUACCCCGGUACCCACCUUCGAGGACCUGCAGACGUUCGCCUCGCACCCCAACGUGCUCUGCUACGACAACAACAUCUUCUUCAGGUAA